AUGCGGACAUGGACUGGCCAAUUUGUGGAUGAAACUAUUACAAUAUCUAAUGAAUAUCAAGAUGGGACGCAGAAAAUAAGAGUUGGGAGUUCAAGACAAAAUAAUGAACGCAUUCACCAUAGUACCGGUGCCGAAAGUGCUGGAACGCCAAUCCAAACCACCUCGACCCAACUUGAACAAAGAACCAACUCACCAGCAAUUGACUAUGAUCCUAGCGGCAUAGAUUUUGGAAUCACCUCCAUAUCACCAACAAACCGAGCAACUCCCCAAUCAAUAAUUGACUCCAACUCUACCUCCAUUGGCCUUGACAGUUUCGAAGAUGUCGACUGUCACGUCCACUUGUCUGAAGUUCCUAAUGCCCUGGAGGAUGCACCGAGUCACAUACCAAUAAAUACCCCCACUUCAUGGGAAAUAAUCCGUCAACGAGAAGAUGCGGCCGGUCAAGCUUUACUUUCAAUGAGAAAUAACAAUCCAGGGGCUCAAUUGACCAGGUCUUCGAUGAGUGAAUCAAGUCCGUCAAUCCAGUGUUCCCCAAUGGUUGAUAGCGAUUUAUCGCCACAAGGAACGUAUUUAGGACAAGACAUACAUGAUACUUCCAUUUCAAGUGUUUCAAAAGAAGAGACAGAUCUUCUUCGUCAAUUUAGUGUUGAAGUAGGGACUUGGAUGGAUCUCUCUGACUUGUCGGAGACAUUCUCCAAAACAGUUUGUCGAUUAGCCGUGCAGGAUCCAUUGCUCAAAGCAGCAUGUAUUGCAUGUGCAGCUAAACAACAGUAUAUCGUCGGGAAGAUGCACAAUGGUAUGCAGAUAGCACAAAAGAACUACGACGUUGCUAUCUCACUUCUUAUCAACCGACUUUCGGACUCCAAUGAGCAGCUUGCCGGAUAUGGAUUUGCAGCUAUUGUUAUCUGUUCUUGCUAUGAGAUGCUAGACGCCCCCACAAUUAAUUGGCAGAGACACCUCGAUGGUGUUUUCUCUUUUGGAAAAGUACAAAAAGUGAAUGGAUCAUCAGGAGGUGUUGCGCAAGCUGCUUUCUGGUCUAUCGCACGGCAAGAAGUAGCCUGUGCUAUUAUUAAUAGGUCAAGAUUGAGGCUUGACCCAGAAUAUUGGGUAGUUGAUCUCGAAAAUAUUGGACAGGAAGGAAGCGAGGACAUGAUUAAUAACCAGGUUCUCGCUAUUCUUGCAAAGGUGGUCGCUCUCAUGGCUUACUCUCAAACGCACUCAUUAACCAAGACAAUUGACGAGUGGCAUAAACUUUAUGCCCAGCUGGAGCAUUGGGAGAGCUCUGUAAAGAACAAGGGCUUCAUGGAUCCAGUUUCAGUCCUCAACGAUGAAGGCAAAGUCUUUCAAACUAUUUGGUUUGUAAGAAGUGUCUGUGGUCAGUAUCCUCUAAGUCUCGCAGCAUUUCGACUACGACAAUAA